AUACCUAACCUCACUUUUAACCGAUAAAAUACAGUUUUUAACAUGCUACACCGAUCUGACCUAUUCAAAAAUGCGUGAAUAUCAUGUAGUUAGCUACUUAUUUUCUUAUUUCUUACGUUAUUCUUUCGCCGCUUAAGCCGUUUUGACAGGCGGGACAAUUUAAUUUCAUGGUAUCCGUUGAAUCAACAGUUCGUUGUCGUUUUCGUUCGUGCAAUGUCGUUCAACUGAAGAGGCCAGCAGGGGAUUCCUCAAGAUUUUUUAGGAGCUAGUCUCCGUUAUCUUCAAUUCUCUCGAAAUUUUCUGCCUUUUUGACGUCCCCAAUUUCGACUAGGUUUGUGAUGAAUCGCUCGGUCACUUUUCCAAAUUUAGCCUCAGAGAAAUUCGCGAAAUUCGAAAAAGCAGUGUCGUGGUUAGAAAAGGUCGACAACAAAUCAUUCGGCAACGGUUUUCCGUCAAUUUUUGUGACUUCUGUUUCGAAGAAAGGAAGAUAACGACGCACACUAGUACUAGGUUUCAAGGUUCAACAUUUUUUCGGAAAGAUAUUUAAACAAAUUUAGAACAAAAUGGCUGAAAAAACGACUCAAAAUACCCAAAGAAAACCAAGGGUCAGAAAUCGAAGACGUCGUUUAGACAACACGUACAGUAGUUUCGCGCCAGUUUCUAUGCUACCAGUCCCAGAAUAUCCGCUUCCACGAGAGCUUUUAGAUGUUUUAAAAGAAAAUCUCCACCGCUAUCCAGGAAUUUCCGAAAAGGGAGAACAAUGGCUCAGUUUUCUAAAAAUUUUAACCGAGAUGAAAGAGAUACAGGAGUCGAAUUAUUUAAUUAUUCUCAAACUGCUGCUCUAUCUCGAGGAAUAUUACAACAAUGUGUCGAUGGAGCAAUUUAAUUUGCACAAACAAAGAAUUCGUCGAGCCGAAUUUUCGGGUGGUCAAUUUGUAAUUAGAGUUCCAGGACUCGCUGAAGACAGACCUUCGUUAAUGCCAGGCGAUAUCGUCGACGUCUUUGAACUGCCGUUUCGGAAAAAGUACAAUUUAAUCGUUACUUUUGUGGGCCAAAACUACAUUACUGUAAGAACUACGUCACCUGCAUUCAUAAAUACAUUCAGUGAAGGAAAUCGUUAUAAUGUUAAGUUUCGCUGGCCGAACUGGCCCGUUCGAGUUUGUCACUACGCUGUCGGUUUGAUAAAUAAAUACAGAUUGACUCCAUUGUUGCAUCCUCUACCGAGAAUUGUUUACAACAAACCGAAAGAAGAUUUGUGCUGGUUCGAUGAGAAUAUAAAGAGCAAUCCGGAACAGAUGCAAGCCGUUCAGAGAAUUUUGGGCCGAACAGCUUACCCUUCUCCUUACCUAGUUUUUGGUCCUCCGGGAACUGGAAAAACGGCAACGAUCGUGGAAGCAAUCUCCCAAAUUUGGCAAACCGAUCCCUCGAGUAAUAGAAUUUUGGUCUGCACUCCCUCCAACGCGGCAGCGGACGAAAUAACAAAGCGACUAGUUCGCAACAUGCCUGAGAAUUUGAUUUAUCGAAUGUUCAGUCCCUCCAGAGACUCGAGGGACGUGGACGAAAGUAUUCAUGGCUGUUCGAAUUUCGUCGAGGAUGAAGUCAUUUUCAUUCCGAAGGAACUGCUCAUUAAAAAGAAGAUUGUUAUAACAACUCUGGUUGCUUGCAUGAGACUAGUGUCGAUGAAUCUUUGGGAGAGCCACUUCAAUUACAUUUUUCUUGACGAAGCUGGCCAAGCUACUCAGCCGGAAACUCUGAUUCCGAUUGGCCUGAUGAGUGCUGAAGAUGAAGGACACAUUGGAAGGUUUCACGCUCAACUUGUCAUGUCUGGAGACCCGGAACAGCUGGGUCCGGUCGUAAUGACCAAACUUGGUCAACAUUUAUUAGGAAAGUCGAUGCUGGAAAGAUUUAUGGACUGUUUUGAAGUUUAUCAGAAAGGCGAACAGGGCAAAUAUGAUGCCAAUUUCAUAACAAAACUGGUGAAAAAUUAUCGAAGUCAUGAAGCAAUUCUCCGGAUUCCGAAUGAACUAUUUUACGACAACGAACUCGUUCCCUGCGGGGGUCAAGAAAUCCACAGAGCUGAAAAUUGGUCAGAAUUGCCGAAUAAGAAGUUUCCUCUCAUUUUUCACGCGGCUCAUGGAUUGGAAAGAAGAGAUGAUCGUUCCCCAAGUGUCUGCAAUCAAUACGAGGUCGACAUUGUCAUGGACUACGUGAGUAAAUUGGUGGGAAAGACACUUGGUGGCUACAAAAUUCAACAAAAGGAUAUCGGGAUCGUCACGCCUUUUAGACUUCAGAGGUCUGUUAUUUCAAAAGCCCUCGAGAAUAAAGGAUGGGAUGAUGUUUCGGUCGGGACUGUGGAAAUUUUUCAAGGCCAGGAAAAAGACGUGAUAAUUCUUUCCACUGUGCGAUCGGUUUUGUUCCAGCACGAUGGAAGGUUUCACAUUGGCUUCCUCUCUCAUCACAAGCGUUUUAAUGUCGCAAUUACGAGAGCAAAGGCUUUACUAAUUGUGAUUGGGAAUCCGAAAGUACUCCAGAUUGAUAGUUGCUGGCGAAAUUUUAUAGAAUAUUGCAAAAAUAAUGAUGCUUGUCUGGGAGAUGAAUUCAGUUUGUGCGACAUGUCGACAGUUGAGAAGCAAAAACUUCUUAAUAAUAGACUGCAGACAAAAUAUCAGGAUACGGAAAAAACGCUGCCCUUCAAUGAAGAAGAGAUUUUGGAAAAAAGAGUCCAUCCUCUGCCAGAACACAAUGUUCCGCAGAGAAGAAGAAGGUUGCCUAAAGUGAAAACUAAAAAGACCGAGAGGGAAGGCGAACUUAUUUCUCCCUGUUCCGUUAAUGGAGCCCUGGAAGUGGAUUCUGGCACCUAUAGCAGUUCUAAUAACAGCGUUACAAUCGAGGAAAGGAUCGAUGAAUGUUUGGAAUUUGGGGAAGAAGUUAGCAAAAAUUCCGGGACUUUGGGGACAUCAUUGCUGGAGAUCGACGACAACGACGACAGUAGUUUAUCUUACAGUUCCGCUUUUUCAAGCGACAAUGAAGACAUCGAAAAAAAUCCUGACGUCUGGAAAUUAGCCAAAGACGUUGAGCUCAAUCUAAAAAUCGAUUAACGGCCUCUACAACUUUUUAUAAACGAUUCGACAUCAAAGUUUUUUUUUUUUUUUGCGAGACGUUUUCAAAUUCUCGGGAAUAAGUAAGUUAAGUUGUUUUCUUUUAUUUUUUUUUAUUUUUUAAUUUAUUGCAAGUCGAAAACCGAAAGUUUUAAACACAUCGAAGAGAUGUCCUAUUUUUUUAAAAAGUUUUUAAAUUAUAACGAAAUGCGAAACCUGCUCACACAGAAGACUUGAUUUUUAAAGCGAGCCAAGUUGACAUUUUAUAGUAUUAUUAAGCUAGGAAUUAAGAGGAGAGAUAUAGAAUCGCGAGAGGAAUUAUAAGCCCUGAAAUUUAAAUUGUAAAAGUUUUUGAAACGUCGUUGAAGGUGAUAUAGAUUUUUUAAAGCGUUGACUAUUGGUGAAUUGUAGGUUGGUGGUCUUUUAACGAGAAAAAAUGUUGAUUUUAACGAAGAAUUUCUAAAUGAAGACUAUUUUCAGUGAAGCUAUUACAUGUAAAGUACAAGUUUUAAUCGCAGUCGCGGAAUUUUCUCGAUAAGGGAUGGAGUUAAGUUUCUUUUUUUUUAAGACACGUAACUGAUCGAGGAGUCGAGACCGCGAGUGCCAGGGUUUUUUCACAUUUUACGGGUAAACUUAGUCAUUAUUGAUAGAUAUGUGGAAAAUACUUUCUCAAUUGUUACAUGACCUGUUGCGGAUUAAAGUACUUUAGAGUUCAACUGUGAUAGUGUACAAAUCAGUUUUUUUUUCUACUCAAUUAUUACAUAUGGUUACCCAACUCGUUCAAAAUAAUUGCAAGAAUCAAGGCUGUAAUUUAA